GUCCUCGCAGCUGCAGUUCACUCCCGGUCCUGGUGACCCACGCCCGAUCCUGCUCCCGGACAAUGAUCGCCGCCGCCGUCGCGGCAGGCGCGGCCACCGCCUUCCCGUUCGUCUCCACCGCCUACCGCCGCCCGCGCCUCCAGCAGCCCUGUCCGCGCCGCGCCGCGGCCGUCCUCCCGGCCCGCGCCACCGGCGGUGCCUCGUCCUGGGAGGAGCGCGAGGAGGCGCGGUGGCUCCGCGAGGAGCAGCGCUGGCUGCGGGAGGAGCAGCGGUGGCUCCGCGAGGAGUCGCGCUGGCGCGCCGAGCGCGAGGCCCUCCUCGCCGAGGUGGCCGCGCUGCGGCUCCGCCUCCGCGCGCUCGAGGGCGCUCGCCCUGACCACCUCGCGGUCGCCGUCGACGCCGUGGCCUCGCCUGCGCCCCCGCCCGCGGUGCCCGCGCCGCAGCCCAGGCCGGCGCUCAUCCAGGAGGCAGCCGCGGUGGAGGUCGAGGUCGAGGUGAGGAAGGAGGUGGUGGUGGUCCAAGAGAAGAAGGUGGCGCCCAAGGCCGAGGCGGCGGUGAGCGGCGCAGCUGGUGCCAGCGAGAGCAGGAGGACGCUGAGGACGGGGGCCGAGGGCGAGGACGUGCGCGCGAUGCAGGAAGCUUUGCAGAAGCUCGGUUUUUACUCAGGCGAGGAAGACAUGGAGUACUCCAGUUUCUCGUCUGGCACCGAGCGAGCUGUCAAGACAUGGCAGGCAACGGUAGGAGCUUCAGAGAACGGGGUGAUGACAUCGGAGCUGCUUGAGUGGCUAUUCUCGGGGAAGACCGGGGAAGACGUGAAAACCAAAGAUGGCACAAACGGAGCAGCGGUUCCUGCUGUAACAGGGAUCGCGGAGGUACGCAAAACUACGGUUGCAGAAAACGGUGUCUCGGGAGUUGGGGUCUCCGAGCACAGAGUGUUUCUUCUCGGUGAAAACAGGUGGGAAGACCCAACCAGACUGACGCAUAACAAAAAGACAGCCAGCACCGGCACAGUUGCAUCUACUAAGACUUGCAUCUCCUGUCGAGGCGAAGGCCGCCUCAUGUGCUUAGAAUGUGAUGGAACAGGUGAGCCGAACAUUGAACCGCAGUUCUUGGAGUGGGUCGGUGAAGAUACGAAGUGCCCAUACUGUGAAGGAAUUGGUUCCAUUUUGUGUGAUGUUUGUGAUGGAAAGAAAGUAAUGGCAAGUUAAGUAAGGCUUAGAGCAAGAAUUCCCUGCCUUGUCUGUGUUCGGUUCCCAUCCCACCCUGGUAAGCACGCCUAGGCCAGGCAUCAACGCCAGACAGUUCGAUCUGGGGUCGGAUGCGGCUGCCUAGCGUCGCUCCCCAGGCGAGGGUUGCAGCCAGACACGCUAAUAAUAUCAGCAUGUGUAGAUGCUAGCAAAAUAUUCAGUUUUAUCACAGAACUGGAGAAUGCGUUCAAAUGGCAGUUCGAGUGGACUGCUGUCCCGCAGAAAGCGGAGACAUAAGCAACAGUGUAACACUUUUAUGGUACAAUAGGAGAUGGAAAAAUACGAGGGAAGAAGAGGAUUCCUUUCCCAAAUC